AUGACCUCCCUCGUCACCUCCUCCGUGACCCCCUUCAUCACCCCCUCCAGCGCCUCCGCCAGCACCUCCGCUAGCUCCAAAGCCUCCCCCAACACCAACACCGAACCCUCCUCCUAUCCCGCCACCUCCUCCACCGCCGCCGCCUCCGCCACCACCGAGACUGAUGCCCCCAUCGUUGUUAUCAGCGCCUAUAGUUCAGUUAAAGUUAGAGACCGAGUGGUAAUUCCGAGCUCAAAAGAAUCACGAACCAGCCUGGCUAGCCAGAGGGGCCGCGAUAGUAGCACCGCCUAA